AUGUCCCACAGUCAUUUUUUAACCAAAGAAAACUUUCCCAGCUUUUGUAAGAAGUUGUCCGAACUGGAGUGGACAAUGGAUUCAACAUGUACGGAAAAACCUGAAUCUUCAUCUCCUGCUUAUUCUUUUUUGCCAACGGCCCGAAAUGUACCCAAAAGUGAUUAUCAUCCUAAAGAAUCCUACCAACGUUUUUUAAUUGAUUCUAAUGAAGACAACACUUUAAUUGAAAAAUAUCUGAAACAAGAAUGUGACACUUAUAAGUUGUUUGGUGGUCCACCAAUUAAUCCGUUAUUUACUGAUGAAGGACGUGGUUCUAGUAUUGAAGAUUCUCCAAAGUCAUUUUCAUAUUUUUCAAAAACGAAUUGCUCUUACAUGGAUAAAAGUAUUUGGGCACAAGAUUCUGGUAACGAUAGCUGGCCUGAUGCUUUUUUGCCAUUGGAUAUUAAAGAAGAAACCACAUGGAAAGAAUUGAAUACUGAAAUCAAAAAGGAGCCAAUGUCAUGGGCAGUUAUACAGCGUCCGGCCAAAGAAGAUAAAUUCAAACCCAUUAAUCAAUUGGUUGAUGCUGGUGCAGCAAUUUUUCCAGAUGGCUCACAAUUUGAAAUUGAUCUAUCAUAUGAAGCAUUUGACGCUGUUGAAGUUGAAGGGAAAUUAUACAUUGGUAAAGAUGAAUUUAGGCGUACAGAUGAUGGAUUGUUGUAUAAAGUCUGUAAUCAAGAUAAAGGUACUCAAACGGACAGUUGGGAUGAUGAUGAAAAUGUUUUAGUAACACGUACUGCUAGACGACAUUACCAUUUUCCUAUAUUCCAGAAUUGGCACACAUCUCAAUCAGGCGAUAACCAAGAUCUGCUUAGUGAUUUUUUUAAUCCACAGCGUGCACGUGAAGUCAGAGGUGACAUGGAUGAUAGACCUCAAAUGGUAGAUAUGCUUCGCAACAUUAUGGGUAUGCAACAUAUUUGGGAUAAGCCAACUAUGUGCAAUGAAAUUGAUGCUUAUCCAGAACAAAACUUGUACAUACCAACAACAUGCAAUGAAUUGGCUGCUACCUACACAAUAUUGCAGUCAGAUAGUGGUUCAGAAAGUUCAGAUGAUAUAGACAAUAACUGUGGUACACUAUUCCGUAAUUCAAGAACUUAA